AUACUAACAAGUGCUCAUCUCAAAAGGGGUGACACCAAAAGGGUCCAGCUAUUUUCUCUAUCUUUUUUGUUUUCUGUAUUUUGAGAAGAAAGAAAAAAAAGUAAAAGCUUAUGGUCCUUUCAAGAACACAAUAAAGAAGUAUAAGCUCCCAUAGAUCUAUCAAGCUCCAAUCUUUACUGGGGCAAAUUGUGGAAUGAAAAGAAGAUGGGGAAGAAAGGAAGCUGGUUUUCUUCUGUAAAGAAGGCUUUGAGCCCAGAUCCUAAGGAAAAGGCUGACAAGAAAGCAAGUAAAUCAAAGAAGAAAUGGUUUGGGAAAGAAAAGCAUACGCUCCCUGACUCUUCGACCGCGGUAACUGCAACAGCGUCUCCUCCUCGUCCUGUUCCUGCCCCCCCUGUGGAAGAGGUCAAAUUGGAGGAAGUGGAAGAGGAGCAGACGAAACAUGCUUAUUCAGUUGCAGUUGCCACAGCUGCAGCGGCUGAAGCUGCUGUCGCAGCUGCCCAUGCUGCUGCAGAGGUUGUCCGGUUGACUACAGUGAACCAAUUUUCUGGCAAAUCACAAGAGGAAGUAGCUGCAAUAAGAGUUCAGACUGCAUUUCGAGGUUAUCUGGCUAGGAGGGCAUUGAGGGCCUUACGAGGACUUGUCAGACUCAAAUCGCUUGUUGAUGGACCUACGGCCAAGAGACAAACUGCAAAUGCUCUAAAAUGCAUGCAAACACUAUCUCGGAUGCAAUCUCAGAUUAGUUCAAGAAGGAUCAGGAUGUUGGAGGAGAACCGAGCUCUCCAGAGGCAGCUUAUGCAAAAGCAUGUGAAAGAACUUGAGAGUCUGAGGAGAGGAGAAGAAUGGGAUGAUAGUCUACAAUCCAAGGAGCGGGUUGAAGCUAGCUUGCUCAGCAAAUAUGAAGCUGCAGUUAGACGAGAAAGAGCGCUUGCAUAUUCAUAUUCUCACCAGCAAACCUGGAAGAAAUCAUCAAGAUCUACCAAUUUGUUGUUCAUGGAUCCAACCAAUCCGCAAUGGGGUUGGAGCUGGCUAGAGCGGUGGACGGGUGCUAGGCCUUGGGAAAGUCAAAGCAUGUCUGAGAAACAACUUAAAACCGAUCAGAUAUUUGUUAGAAGCGUGAGCAUUUCUGGAGGAGAAAUUGCGAAGUCAUUUGCCCGUCAUCAGCUGAAUUCUGAACUCCCUUCGUCUCCAUCCAGCCAAAAGCCGAGCCAUCCAUCAGGCUACCACUCUCCAACAACCCCUUCCAAGCCAACCACUUCAGUAGCAGCAGCCAGAAAACUGAAACCAGCAAGCCCGAGAAUUAGUGCAAUGAACCAAGAUGAUGAUAUCCGAAGCAUGCAGUCAGAACGGAACAGGAGGCACAGCAUUGCAGGAUCAUCUAUAAGAGAUGAUGAGAGCCUGGCAAGCUCGCCUUCAGUCCCAAGUUACAUGGUGUCCACUCAGUCUGCGACGGCCAAAACACGGUUGCAAAGUCCAUUAGGCAUGGAAAAUGGCACACCAGAAAAAGGAUCAGCAGGGUCUGUGAAGAAGCGGCUCUCUUAUCCACCGUCACCUGCCAGACCAAGGCGGCAUUCAGGCCCACCAAAAUUUAACACCUCCUUGAACACCUCCAUCACCGAAGAUCAUGUGAAUGGAGUCGUCAACUAAUUAUUCUUGUCACAAACAAUAAGCAAUCCUGCCACCCUUCUGGCUUAUAGGUAUGCGUUAAAAAUGCCAUUCUUUGUGCGAUAUCAACUACUUUGAUUUGCUGCACUUGAGUCGAAUGUCCCUCAGAAACAACCUCUCCCUCCUAGACUUCACUUGUGGGAUUUCACUUGGUAUGUUGUUGUACGGGCUUUGCCUUGGAUGACUUGCUUUUCGCGUUACUUUCUCUCGCGGUUGUCGAUGCCAACAAAAGUGCCAAUAGUUGUGAAUCAUUUUAGAUAACAUGUCCUUGACUGUGAUUACAUAUAUGAUUGUAUUAUUUUUAGUACUAUGUACACCCUAAUAGUGAAA